AGGUAAUCAUGACUGAUACUAACUCACAAUGGAUUGAAAUGAACUUGCAAAGACAACGAAAAAUGCUCGAAGACAAGCAAAAACAAAAACGUCAUCAAAGUGCGGGAAGCGUGAGAACCACUUCAACAGCAAUGAGUAUGAAUAGUAUGAAAGACUAUCCAACAUUUGACAACUCGUUGCCGUUUAGCAUUUCUGAUAACUCAUCGGUUUCUGUGAGCAUGAAUACUCCAUUAAUUCCAACUCAAGAUCCAAUUGCUCAACCACGUAUGCAGUCGAUGCCACGUCAACAGCCACAGCAAGUUCAAGAGUCACUCAUCUCAAUCGGUGAUUAUCCUGAUAAUGACAUCAAUGCAAAACUCUCAAAAGUAAAUUUAACUUCGUGUGUUGUAUCUGAUGAUGAGGAUGAAGAUAAGAGAAGUUAUGCUGAUAGUCCAUGGAACACUGAUGUAGUGGCUGAUAGGAUUCCAAGUGAAGUACUCCCUGAUUAUAAUUUUAUUAAGAAUAACUUGGCUAAAUUUGUUGAAGAUCCAGCAGUGGAGCAUUGUCUUUAUAAAUGCUCAAUAACUCGCCAAAAAAGUGGAGUUGAUAAGGGAAUGUUUCCUACGUAUUUUCUUCAUUUGGAAGAGUUUGACACGGAUAAACGGCAAAAGAUUUUCUUAUUGGCUGCUAGAAAACGGAAGAAGAGUACUACAGCAAACUAUUUACUCAGUACAGAUCCAACAAACUUAUCUCGUGAAGGAGAGGGAUACUGUGCAAAAGUUAGGUCAAACGCUCUAGGAACUCAAUUCACAGUAUAUGAUUCUGGACAAAAUCCAAAGAAAACUACAAAUCACGCGGCUAUCCGCCAAGAGCUUGCUGCCGUUAUUUAUGAAACAAAUGUUCUCGGAUUUAAAGGCCCUCGAAAAAUGACAAUUGUUAUGCCUGGAAUUGAGCCUCCGACUGAAAAUAGACCGGCAGUUCGUUGCCCGGUUCGUCCAAUUCAGGACAAACACACAUUACUCGAGAGAUAUAGACUCAAUGAUUUGGAUUCUCUGAAAAUAUUAUCCAAUAAGAGUCCACAAUGGAACGAUGAAACUCAAUCAUACGUUCUAAACUUCCAUGGAAGAGUCACUCAAGCAUCUGUUAAAAACUUUCAAAUAAUUCAUCAAAGUUCUCCUGAAUAUAUCGUUAUGCAGUUUGGUAGAAUUUCAGAUGAUGAGUUCACAAUGGACUUUAGGUAUCCACUGUCGGCGGUUCAAGCAUUUGGAAUUGCAAUGACAAGUUUCCACGGAAAACUUGCAUGUGAAUGAAUGUCCUUUAUUUUAAGAGAAAACCAAAAAACUUUCUGGUAGAUCAUCCGACAACUAAACUUCCCAAUAAUUAUUUUUAACGCUAACAAUCUCGGUUGCUCCCUCUCUCUCUCUUUUUGGAGCUUUAUUUAAUAAUCAUUUCAGUUUCAUACCUGUCAACAUUUCCGUACUUGUACAUUAAAACCACACAUUUUAGAUAAUUUUCAGAUAACCCCGGGAAAUCCUGGGUACAAGAACGUCAGAAAUGCCCAGGGAUUUUCCAAUGAUAGUUCAAAAUUGAGAUAAUUUUAGAAAACCUCAAUAAAUAUCUGUUUAAAAAAUUCAAGCAAGCCCGCGAAACUCUUUUUAAAGGUUUCAAUGCAAUUGUUUAGUGUGGGUUUGUAAUGCACAAGUAGCUCAUAUUCAAACAUUUUAAACAUCUUUCAAAUUUUGAUUGACACAUAUUUUUUUAGUCUGUUUCUCUGUAAUCCUUUUGUCUGUAACACUUUUCAAAUGUUUGUAUCCAUACUAUCCUGAUAUACUAAUGAGCCACCUAAACAAAGUGACACUGUGAUGUAUUUGUUCUCCGUUCGAUUUUCCUUGUCCCAUCAUUCAAAUGUUCCGUCCCAUCAUCAUCAUCAUCAUGAUUGUCACAAUUUUCCUUUUUCUUAUUUCAAAUAAACAUAAAGUAACACA